CUCACUUUUGCGAUAUUUAUAUCAGUAACAUUUUUAUCCACGGUGAUGGAGAAGAAUGUGACGAAAAGGAGAAUUUACGUGAUUUUCCAAGAUCAAACUUAAAGUAAUUCCCACUGAUUGGAAUAUUAAAGCACCUGUGUGAAGAGAGACUAGGCUAAGGGCUCACGGAGAUUUGCGUUCAAAGAAAUUCACCCGCAAUGCGCUUGGAAAUGAAAUGUCGCAAACACGUCAGACCACCCCACACAAUCUGACUGAAGGCUACCCUGUGGCAAACCUGACCUUAGUUGUCCUCCUGCUCAUCCCCUUUGUGGUCAUUCUCCUUCUGCUGAACUGUCUCUUCCUGGGCUACAAGGUCCUGGUUCUGUCAAAGAAGACCAGCAGACCGAGGCGGGAGGACACCGAGGAGAUGCUCCUGCGAUCCGCCCUGCCGAGACUCAGAAUAUCCGACGUGGCCUUUUCCUCUCUGCGGGACGGGAGGACAGCCUACAUGUCCCUGUCGGAGCCCGUCCUGUCCCACCCGGUCACUUCUUCAAGGGCGUCGUCCAGAGACGGAGCCGGGUCGACUAACAGGAUCCGGCUGCUGAGGCCCGACGGUGCGACUGGCUCCGGGUCUCUGAGGGCGCCGAGCACCAUCCGGGCCGCGUCCUCCGCGCAGGGCUUCCCUCCGAGGCUCCACAUGCCUUCCAGCUCACCAUCUUACAGCAACAGUAAGCCAGGCUGGUGUCGGAGUGCUCCGGUUUUACUGCAGUCCAGCGAUUCAGAGGCUAACUCCAGAGUACACCUGGUUCCACCAAAUUCUCCAAUGGAGGAAGCGGAGCAUGUGGAUCACAUUCGUCGGAGCAGUACUUACGAGAAGCUAACGGAAGCGAAUGCAGCCGCUCCUGUGCAUCCGUACGACAAGCUGUUCAUGGAGUGUGAGCACAUGAACCCAACCUCAGAGACAUCCAGUCAGAACUCAUCUGCUGUGGGUCCUGGGCUGGACAGUGACUUCGGAGCAAGUGCAGGUGUCUCCCUUCGCAUUUUGUCUGCAGAUAGCGACGGCCUGUCCAACGGACUGCUGUCUUCGGCUCUGGAGUGGGAUUAUUACGAUCCCUGUUAUGUCAGACAGAAUAAUAUACCCAAACAUAAUCACCACAGGCCUGUGAUCCACACAAAACAGUACUGGGUAUAGUUAACAAUUUUCUUAAUGUAGAUUUUAAAUGUUUGUUCCAAAUAGCAUACCGGUGUGCGUGUUUUAAUAUGAGUUUUUGUCUUAAAAGUAAUCACUUAAUUUAUGCACUGUUAAGUAUAUUUUGUUGUAGAAUGCACUGUCCCACUGUUCAUAAUGUUACAUUAACACUGAACUGUCACUUCAGUUACUGUUAAAUGUUUAAUCAGCGUCCUUCACUCAACAUUCAUAGAGGUUGUCACUAUUUUUGUUUUCAGUAUUUAUGGUUGAUUUGGCUUUAGGCUUCACUAUUUCCUCACCUUCAUCAAGUUUGUUUCACUGCGUAAGUGGUUGUUAUUCACCCAAUUAAUGAAGGCUUAAGAAUUUAAUAAAGAGUUA